UUUAAAUUUGUAAAAAUAUAUGAUAAUUACAGAGGUCCUGCUGUACAAGCCACCAAGGCAGCUGCUGGUAUCAAGAAACAUGAUCUUAGUAAAUGGAAGUAUGCAGAACUACGUGAUACCAUCAAUACUUCUUGUGAUAUUGAGCUGCUGGCAGCUUGCAGAGAAGAAUUUCAUAGGAGGCUAAAAGUAUAUCAUGCUUGGAAGUCCAAGAACAAGAAGAGAAAUACUGAAACAGAGCAACGUGCUCCAAAGUCUGUUACUGAUUAUGAUUUUGCACCAUUUUUGAACAAUUCACCCCAGCAGAACCCAGCAGCUCAGCUUCCUGCCAGGCAGCAGGAGAUCGAAAUGAAUCGACAGCAGCGCUUCUUUCGUAUCCCAUUCAUCCGCCCUGCUGACCAGUACAAAGACCCUCAGAAUAAGAAAAAAGGCUGGUGGUAUGCCCAUUUUGAUGGACCGUGGAUUGCCCGGCAAAUGGAACUCCAUCCUGACAAACCACCCAUCCUUCUUGUGGCUGGUAAGGACGAUAUGGAGAUGUGCGAGCUGAAUCUCGAGGAGACUGGUCUGACUCGAAAGCGAGGUGCUGAGAUCUUGCCAAGACAGUUUGAAGAAAUCUGGGAACGCUGUGGAGGCAUCCAGUACCUUCAGAAUGCGAUUGAGAGCAGACAGGCUCGGCCCACAUACGCAACAGCCAUGCUGCAGAAUCUGUUAAAGUAGAUGUUGUACACCAGCCUUAUAACUGGGGGCCCUUGCCAUGGUAUAGGUAGGGUGUCUGCCCCAAAGAUUUAACCAUUCCAUGAUCAUGUUAGAGUUACUUCUACAAAGUGAACAGAUUUUAUUAAUUAUGACUUUUUUGUGAAUUUGUUUAAGGUUAAUUAUGGUAGUAAAUUUGGGGCCAGAAAUUAUUUUCUUAUAUCCAGCUGUAAUUCUUGAAACUCAUUAUUCUAAUACUUGUUACACUUGGACAGAUUCUGACAUUUCUCAUUCUUUGCCAACAGACUACCUUAUGUCCAUCAUAAUUGUUCUCUAGGAAAAGAGAAUUUUUAAAGUAAUUCAAAAUACUUGAUUUUUAAGAAUGGCACAGUACCAUAUAACUGGAGUAAUGAAACCUUAGCUUCAAUUUCUUACAAGAUAUAAGGCAUUUAAAAUGGUCAAGGCACUGAUGUUUUGGUCUGAAAAGCUAUGUACUUUCUUUAAUUAAGAAAUUCAUGGAAAUUUCUAUCAAAGGCAGAAAUUCUGAUUUUUUUCUUCCAUUGCAGUGUGUCUUUGAGUGAAACAGUUCUCCCUAAGUUCCAAAAUUCUAGGAAGCCUUAAUGUAUUUGAUGUAUUUUGUGAUAAAGAAGGUACUAAUGGUUUCCAGCACAGAUUUUUCUUUUCUAUCACUUGUGUGUUGCUGUCAGGAUAUUUUUAUAUUUCAUGAAUAAAUAAAGGAAAUUCAGAUUGUUUAAAUGCCUAGAAGUUUUGAGAUAAGUUUUGUUUCAUUUAGAAAAGGAAAUAGGUUUUAAGUGGUACUAUGGCUUAACUGGACUGAAUUCAAGUAUUCUUUAACUUCAUCUCAAUUACAAUUUUUAUAUCAGAAUCUUGUCCAAGUUGUUUCAUGUGAUUUAAGUUGGUGUUCUGCUUGAAACAUCUUUCUUUUUAAUAAAAUUCCUAGUGUGUUGGCCUUUGAGAUUUUGGUAAUAGUAGAGCUGUUUUAUAAGCUUUGUAAUUCAAAAGCCCUUGUAUUUAGUUAUUGUUUGUUUCACAUAACUGAUAAUUAAAAAGAAAGAUUUCUUUGUGUGCUGUUAGUUUUGAUCAAAUGUCAUAAGUUUCAAAUCUAAUAUUUAUGACUUUUAUAUUAGGAAUUUAAAGACAAAAAUACAUCAAAGAAUUAUGUUGACAUAAUCUUUGUUUUCUUUGGCAGUUGGCCGGUAUGGGGAUCCAAACCCUUGACCCUGGUGCUUGGUGUUACCAGCACUGGCUCUAACCAAGUGAGCUAACCGGCCAGUCCUGACAUAAUCCUAAGGAGUUUUGUUUAUCUUUUAGAAUAAUAUUAGAAAGUAAAAUUGUUCUCUACACCUUUUUUAUUUUUCCAGCUUUUAAGGACUCUAACCUUUGAAAUGAAAUUUAAUGAUCUUUUUUUUUUUCCUAGAAAGAAUACCUCAGUUAGGAAAAUAUUUCCCAGCUGAUUAGUGUUUGUGAGCCACAGACACUGUUUUUAGAAUUGCUUCUCUCAUAAUAUGUGUCUUAUUACAUAAAUAUUUAUUUAUUAUGAUACCGUGCAAAUGAUUGUCUUGUGUUAAAGAAAUUAAAUGGUCCUGCAUGUGCUAUUAAUUGAGAAUGUGAAUGUGAUUAUCUUUUGAAGGCUGUAUUUCUGCACAGGCUCACCCACCUUGGGUCAUCUGGUCCCUGUAAUUGGUGACAAAAGGUGUAGUUUCUGAAAUAAAUGACCUGUUCUCUCUCA